GAUAACUUGCUAUUUUGUCUACUCAAUCCUUGAGACCGAAUAAACGAGUAAUAUCAUGGAGUUCCCUGAACUUGGCGCUAAUUGCGCUCUCAAAAGUUGUCGGCAACUUGACUUUCUACCGGUUAGAUGCGCGGGGUGCCAUGGUUUGUUUUGCAAAGAUCAUUACAUUCAGUCACAACACAGCUGUCCAUCGCCUAUCAUUCAUGACAAACAGGUGCCCAUUUGUCCCUUAUGCAAUGCUAUUGUACCUGUGAAACCUGACGAAUUGCCAGAUGAACGUGUGGGUCAACACAUUGACACUGCCUGCAAAUCUAAACCCGCUUUGGAGCUCAAGGGUAAAAUUUUUUCGAACGCCUGUUCCCAACCGAGAUGCAAGAAACGUGAAGCGGUACUAUGCCCUUGCGCCCGUUGUGGGUUAAAUUUCUGUCUUGCUCACCGCAACGAACUUGAUCACGAUUGUCGAGGCCCGCAGCCCACAUCUAUGAACCGGCGACGCGUCAGUGCCGCUGGAGCGGCGGCCAUUUUUCGCGCUGUUUUUCGGAAUCAGAAUGCAUCCACACUCUCAGAUACCCGUAUGAGCACGCACAACACCGAGUCAACUCCUCAGUCAGUUGACGAAUCCCGUCGGUUACAAGAAGAGGAAGACCGUCAACUGGCGCUGGCACUUGCAGCUUCCUUGAAUGAGCAGCCCUCGCAACAAUCACGGGGAUCGAGCGACAGCGGCGGUUGCUCGCUAUCGUAGCUGGAGCCUCAGCGUGACCUCAUCAUUUGCCUAAAUCCAACCUCCACUUCAGCCGGCUAGUCUUCUGAUGGAUGAUGGGUAUUUCACAGGUCUACCGUCCACUUUAACCAGAGUCCAAGAACAUAUUCCUGCAAUAUGACCUCCUUUCGACCAAAAUAGUUCUCAAACGGUGUAUCAUUACAUUCGAGAUGUUUUACUUUACGACUCUUUCAUAUGGAUUAUUUUAUUUGGCAUAAUUUUCUUUAUUUCACACACUUUGACUUCUUUUGACAACCUUCAUAUGUGUUGGUAUUUUGGCAAACUGGCUUUCCAACUUAAUCAGAUUACACUGUGAUUUACGAAAAUACACCUACUCAGGGAGGUAUUUUCCAAUUAAUUUGAUUCCAUAAACCAGUUUUCAUUUGAGAA